AUGAUGGUGCAUUGUGCGGGCUGCGAGAGGCCGAUUUUGGACCGGUUCCUCCUCAACGUCUUGGACAGGGCAUGGCACAUCAAAUGCGUCCAGUGCUGCGAGUGCAAGUGCAACCUCACCGAGAAAUGCUUCUCCAGGGAAGGCAAACUCUACUGCAAAAAUGACUUUUUCAGGAGGUUUGGUACCAAAUGCGCCGGGUGCUCCCAGGGCAUCUCCCCCAGCGACCUGGUCCGAAAAGCCCGGAAUAAAGUCUUUCACCUGAACUGUUUCACCUGCAUGGUCUGCAACAAGCAGCUCUCCACGGGCGAGGAGCUCUACAUCAUCGACGAGAACAAAUUCGUUUGCAAAGAGGAUUAUUUGAACUCGCCCACCUUGAAGGAAAGCAGCCUCAACUCAGUGUCCUCAUGUACAGACAGGAGUUUGUCCCCGGAUCUCCAGGACCCCAUGCAGGACGACACCAAGGAGACGGACAACUCCACCUCCUCGGACAAGGAGACCACCAACAACGAGAACGAGGAGCAGAACUCGGGCACCAAGCGGAGGGGGCCCCGCACCACCAUUAAAGCCAAGCAGCUGGAGACCCUCAAAGCUGCCUUCGCCGCCACCCCCAAACCCACUCGCCACAUCCGAGAGCAGCUGGCCCAGGAGACCGGCCUCAACAUGAGAGUCAUCCAGGAAUUAAUGGGCUUUAAUAGAGGCAUUAAUAGGGAAGGACUCUCCGGCUUUGCCGACUACCAAGGUGACUACUACGGACCGGGAGGCAACUAUGACUUUUUCCCCCACGGGCCGCCCUCCCAAGCCCAAUCCCCGGCCGACUCCAGCUACCUUCAGAACUCAGGACCCGGCUCCACACCCCUGGGACCCUUGGAGCCCCCCUUAAGCGGACACCACUCCUCAGAAAACCAAAGGUACACGGAUAUGAUCUCGCAUCCCGACACCCCCAGCCCCGAGCCGGGGAUGACCGGGUCGUUGCACCCCAUCCCGGGGGAAGUCUUCAGCGGGGGGCCCAGCCCCCCCUUCUCCAUGUCCAGCAAUAGCGGCUACAGCGGGGCCCUCUCGCACCCCAACCCGGAGCUCAGCGAGGCAGCGGUGUGGUAGGCCCGGCGUGGGCACGCGUGCGCCUGUGGAGGGGGGGGGGGCAAAAAACCACCCCCACGGUCCCCCAACCCACGCGUGUCCCCCUUUUUUCCCCCCCGGCCCCGCACCAGGGCUCAUCACAUCACUAUCGCCGGAUAAAGACACCCCCCCCACU